AUGAACCUAGUUAUAACAAGCACACUCACCAGUCGUAGUUUGCAAUGCUUCAUUGAAAUAAUAACCAGCGUGAUCUGUAGUCUGAUCGUGAGUAAAGGUAAGUGGUGUAGGUUCAGAAAUAUCCAUUGAUUCCGACAUCUCUUCUGAUUCUUGUAGAGUAGUUUCAGCAGAUUUAGCAUUCUCAGAUAUGAGAUAGUCUAUUACCACUGCAACAGAGAAGCAACGUGUUAUUUUAUUGUAGAAUUCAAGUUGCUGGUAUAGGUUGGAAGGUAAAGUUCCCUAACUAUAUUUGGUUCGAAGCAAAGCUAAGAAGGAUAGGACGAUAUUAUGAUGGCGAUGAUGAUGGUGGUGAUGAUGAUGGUGAUGAUGGUGAUGAUGAUGAUGAUAGUGGUGAUAAUGAUGAUGGUGGUGAUUAUAGUGAUAGUGGUGGUGAUAGUGGUGAUGAUGGUGAUAGUGGUGAUGAUGGUGGUCGUGGUGAUUAUAGUGAUAGUGGUGGCGAUAGUGGUGAUGAUAGUGAUAGUGGUGGUGAUAGUGGUGGUGACGGUGAUAGUGGUGGUGAUGGUGAUAGUGGUGGUGGUGAUAGUGGUGAUGAUGGUGGUAGUGGUGAUGAUGGUGGUAGUGGUGAUGAUGAUGAGGGUGGUGAUUAUAGUGAUAGUGGUGGUGGUGAUGAUGGUGAUGAUAUAAAGAUGGUGGGUGGCUGA